UCAGGAAUCAGUGAUGUCGAAACUAAGGUGUGGUAGGUCUGCGUGGGUAGCUACACAGCAGUAGCAGCAGCAGUAAGAGCAGCAGCACUGACUUCGAGAUCGCAGCUGCACUGCACCUUUAACCAAACAGCGGAGCGUGUUCGUGGAGUGACGUGGGACGCAGAUAGCGUGUUGAGUGUGGGCAGGAAGCGCUGCAGAGCUCACGUCGUCAAGUUAGCUUGAGUGAGGACAGCACAAAACCGGAAAAUAAGUGGGUUUUCGUUGGGGAGAGCAAACUACAGUCAUUACGCGACGUAAUAGGUGGCAGGGAGAAUUCGCAAAUAAUCUAAAAUCCGAGCUAAAAUAAUUUAGGAAUUGUUGUUUUUAACACAUCGCGAAGCCGUAUCUGGGUUGAUUUAGCAGGGUAACGCUCGCGAAGCGUGAGGGACCUUUAGUUUGAAAGCGUCUACCGGAAGUGGGCGGCUCUAGCUACGUGCGACUUGACUUCAUCGCAGACAGAAACGGGCGCACGGUGGCCACUUGAACGAAAACGGGGGAAGCUUGUUUUCAAGAACCGGCUCUGCAUUCGUCGGGAGCCCGACAUGCCGCAAUACAGAUGCUAAGCGUGGGUCCGAAACAAGCGCAUCUACCCCCCACCAGCGGCGACAGUUACCGGCCACGCCCCGUAACCACCGGCCAGACCCCGUACAAAAAAAACGGCCGGGCGGAGACGCGACGGCGAGCGGUUUUGAAACCCAGCAGGGCGGCUAUCGGGCUCACGGCGUAGUGUCGUGCUGUUUUUCGUCGGGGGAACCAUGAGAGAGUACAAAGUAGUGGUUCUCGGGUCCGGAGGCGUCGGUAAAUCCGCGUUAACCGUCCAGUUCGUGACGGGAUCCUUCAUAGAGAAAUACGACCCCACGAUAGAGGAUUUCUACAGGAAGGAGAUCGAGGUGGACUCCUCUCCGUCCGUCCUGGAGAUCCUGGACACGGCGGGCACCGAGCAGUUCGCCUCCAUGCGAGACCUGUACAUCAAAAACGGCCAGGGCUUCAUCCUGGUCUACAGCCUGGUGAACCAACAGAGCUUCCAGGACAUCAAACCGAUGAGGGAUCAGAUCAUUCGGGUGAAAAGGUACGAACGAGUGCCGAUGAUCCUGGUCGGAAACAAAGUGGACCUGGAGGGCGAACGGGAGGUCUCGUCCGGGGAAGGGAAGGCUCUGGCGGACGAGUGGAACUGCCCCUUCAUGGAAACCUCAGCCAAAAACAAAACGUCCGUGGACGAACUGUUCGCGGAGAUAGUCCGACAGAUGAACUAUGCCUCGACCCCGAACAGCAACGACCAGUGCUGCUCGUCCUGUGUCAUCCUCUAAGAGCCACCACGAACCCUGUGCGUUUUUUUAAUCCUUUGCUCGUCUUUUUACGUUUGCAAUGUGUGUUGCAGCAAGUGUGUACUGUUGAGCUCUUCUUCGUGUCUCACCCUGGCCUUGGAGGAAAUACAGGGAGGAAUGCUGCAGGGCGACGAGAGGAAGAGGAGGAGGAGGAGGAGGGAAGCAACUGAGACUCAGAGGGAGGGGUCCACUCUUCAGGAAUUCUGCUGGGUUGAAGUAUCUUUGCUGCACGAUCCGUGUCCACCAUUGAUGUCAACGCAGUGUCACAUCCAGAGUUUCAGCAACCAACACCACCCCCCCCCCCCUUCCCCCACCUCCAAGGCCCCUACUCCUAACCAGUUCCAACUGUACUCACAACUGGGACUAAAACCGCCAAUGGAAAAUAAGACACUCGUAAAUGGAUAUUUCUGUAUAAGGAGACACAGAGAGAGUAUAUUUUGUUAAAUGAACUGCACAUUGUGGGGCUGGUAGAGCUUCGAGGGGAGAUCCCCGCCCGAUCUGUUUUGAGGCAAAUACUCCCCAAAUCCUUUUUUUUCUUUUUCUUUGAAAAAGUAAAAAUCAGAAGACACCACUUAUCUGCUGGUGAAAAGAACACGAAGAGUGCCACUUUUUUUUUUUUUUUUUUG